AACGCACGACCUGUUGAACCAGGGCGCGCCCUCCCAGGGUUCCUUUCUUCUCCGUCUCCGCGUAGGCGUAGCGAAGAAGCUAACCUAGAAUCAAAGAGAUCGCACGCAAGAGGGAGCACCGGAGCAGCGAGCCAGCGACAGCAGCAGAGAGAUCGCCGGGGCCGCUCGCCUGUCUGGAGAGAGAAAGGAAACAAGAGAUGGACGAGAUCAUGAACAAGGUGGGCGCUUACUGGCUGGGGCAGAGGGCCAACAAGGAGAUCUCCUCGGCAGGCGACGACCUCGAUUCGCUCUCUACCAGCGUCGGGGAUGGAGCGAAAUGGCUGGUGAACAAGCUGAAGGGCAAGAUGCAGAAGCCGCUGGCGGACCUGCUCAAGGAGCACAACCUCCCCGUGGGCCUGUUCCCGCGCGAGGCGACCAACUACGAGUUCGUGCCAGAGACGCGGCGCCUGACGGUGUACAUCCCGUCCCCCUGCGAGGUCGGCUACCGCGACGGCUCCGAGCUGCGGUUCGACGCCACGGUGUCUGGCACGCUGGGCGAGGGCCGCCUCACGGAGGUGGAAGGGAUCAAGACCAAGGUGCUCGUCUGGGCCAGGGUCACCGCCGUCAAGGCCGACGCCGCCAAGGUCCACUUCACCGCUGGGAUCAAGAGGUCGCGCAGCCGGGACGCCUACGAGGUCGUCAGGGGCGGCAUCACCGUCGACGAGUUCUAGCUUAGUUUUGCUUUCGCGGCUCACAUGGAUGGACAGGCUUCGUCUUGCUCGCUGCACGCUGAGAAGGACAGAUUGUUGCUUUCAGUUGCAGGAAUAAAUUCUACACCCAUUAGCUAUGUGGGAGAUCUGCGUGCACCGUAUAUCGUGUGUUUUGGGUUUUGCUGUGAGAAUCUAACACUUGAAGGAUUCA